ACAAGAAAUCAAAAAUUAAAGAAUAGAACACAUAUCAAAGAAGUUAAUACUGGCGAAAUAGUGUUGAAGAAGACUGUUUCUGUUUUAAUCAAUUUAACUGAUUGUGGAAUUGAGGAUCACUCAUUGGCCAAUACAG